AUGCAGCAGUGGUCCAAUGUCCUGCCUCAGGCCUUUGGCCGUUGUUUCCCUGAAGGGCCUCAGGCCGAGUUGAGCGAGGACGAUUCGCCUGAUGAAGGCGCCGCGCUGGGUGUCCCUUUGGAUCAGACAAAGCGUUGGCGCAAAUUGGCCAGGAAACGACAAAGGAAGGCUGCCUACUUCAUGCAAGACCCACAAAGCAAGUGGGCCACCCUUAUGUGGUCAGUUCUCACUGCGCCAGUCAUGGUGGUUCACUACUCCUUGUUUAAGAGGGGCACUUGGCUCUCUGAGCGACGUUGUGAGAAUGACGAGUUGACAUCCGUUGCUAGCUUCUGCAACCCUGUGCUGAACCCUGCAGCAAAGGUCUUUGACCGGGUUGUCCUCACUUCCACAUUUAUAGAGCGGGCUUUUGCCCGCUUGAGCCGGUGGUGCGAUCGCAAAGGUCCCAAACCCACACUGGCAACCCUGGCUGCAAAGAACGCAGUGUAUCAUUUUCGGUAUUUGACCGAAUUGUGGAGGGAGGAGAGGGGCUUCAAGGAUGGAACCUUGACAAAAGAGAGGAGCCAAAAGUGCAGACCUACUUGGGCUCAUGGCGUGCGAAAAGGGCGGACGAGAAAUGGCUUGCACAUAUUUGCCAAGGAGAUGGGCCUCAAACCAAGCAAGGAGUUGGUUCGCCAGUGGCGAUUGCUCAGUCAGGAACAGCGCGAGCACUAUGCAACGCUGGCCAGGGCAGACAAUAUCCAAUCGAGAGCAUUGCAAGCCAACAAGGUUUCUCACAUGGCUGAAUCUGCAGAGGUCAGAGGUGGUUUCUGGCAAAUGAGUACCCCGCAUGGGUUUCCGCUUUGCCGGAACAUUGUGGAGGCCAACCUGUCCAACUUGCGCAGUCUGGCCGAUGAGUUCAAGCGGGCCACACGGUCUUUGUGGCCAGAAAGCCCUGACAGUUUUGACGGCGCGCCUGAGCAGCCGUUUCCCUUGUGGGCGCCAUGUGACCCAGAAUGUUGCCCCCACAGGCUGAGCGACGCGCAGCGCUUGUGUUUCACUGCCUUGCUCGAUGUUUUGAGGGAGGUCAUCAUGCGCAGAGGGCCCGCGGCCAGUGAUGUUGGACAAGAACCUUUGCUGCUGCAGUUUUCCUCGACCAGCUUGCGGGCGACUCGCCAGGUUGUUGUCGCGUACAACACGAGAAAGAAACCAAUUGACGCAGCGCUGGUCGAGCUGCAAAGAAUAGAAGAGCCAAACACGAGGCCUGGUGUUUUGGAGGUGUUGGCCUGUGCGCUUGGCGUGGACGGACAGCUGCCUCUGGUUGGGGACGUGCCCUUUUGUGCGCGCUUGGCCGCAGAUGCUUUGGACUGGGAUAUGUUUGUCUUGAAAGUGGGCCCUGUGAGUAGGCUGGAUCACUUUGAUAUUUUGGCCUCUGGCCCAGUUGACGUUCAAGCGUUGAAAGCCGAGAUACUGCGGGAGAAAGAGGCGCAAAGGGCUUUGACCGCGCUGCGCAAGAUGACACCCAGGCCUGUAGGUACUGGCAGAGGCAAAGGCAAAGGCAACCGUCCAAAGGGUCUCGCUAAGGGUAAGGGUAAGGGCCGAGGCAAGCUUGUCACUGCCGACGAGCGCAGCGAUGCGAGUUGUGACGAUGGGGGCGGUUCCUCGCAAUCAGACGCUUCAGAUGACACACUCAAAGAAGAGGGGUCAGACGGGUCAGGCACUGGGGUCGCGCCUGAACAGCCGCAAGUCGCCCCUCCGCCAGUGUCUCUGGCCAGUGAUGGGCCUUUGGCCAGGCAGCGGACUCUCAGCGGCCACAGGAAGGCGCGGCAAUGCUUGCUCUGCAACACUUCUUCCACAGAUGAAUCCCCGCUCACCUAUGGGGAUGAUGAGGUGUCUUUGGAAGUUCAAGGGCGAGUGCCCUGGAGAAGCUACGAGAAGGCUCGCGCAGACGAUGGUGAGGUCUACAAGGUUCCCAGCGGGAAACUUUGCCUGGUUUGCUUUAAUGUGUACCGGGCGCUGGGUCUUCACAAAGCCUACAAGAAAGUUGACUUCUACUACAAGUUCGUGUCCAGAAAGGGCAACGAGAAUGAGCACAAGAGUUUUUUGCAGGCUCGCAAGGCUUGGGUGAAACAACAUAAUGAAGCUGGACCAGACCGCAAGAGAUUGCAGAGCAAGAAGGCUCUUCUCGAGGCAAAGAAAGAAUUGAAGGUCGAGCAGAAAACGGUCGGUAAGUUUAUCGCCCCCCGAAAACAAUUCGUGUCCUUGGAGUCUUGGGACGAAAGCAAGCGAGGGCCAGUUGAUCAAUCCAAGGUUGUUACUGAAGCCGUCUUCGGUAAAAGUGUUGAAGGAAUCUGGGUGAACAAAGGAGCAGCUGGCGUUUUUGAUUAUGAGGAGUACCAAGAUACUUCCUUAGUGGAACAAGAAACUGUGCACAAUUCCAGCGAAACUCCUUUUGCUGAAGAAUCUUUGGCUAGGAAAAGGAAAGCCCUGUUGGGCGAGCUCCAAGAAGGCUCCCAGGCCAGGGAGAAAGCUUCUGUUGAGGGUGAAGAACUGGACAUGGCGGGCUUGCUUGCAGCAAUCCAAAGCCAGGGGCACGCGGCCUCUGGCCAGGUUAAAGGGGAGCUUGCCAAGUCUGAUGGCGCUGACGCUCCAGCUUCCGACAAUAAGUCUGAUGACGCAGGGACGUCCAGCUCUGAGGAGGGCUCCAACCAUGCAGGACGCUUUGGCCCUACAGCCAGCAAAAAACAACAAGCAAGUCAAGGCCUCGCCAAAGCCAAACUCAAGCCAACUGCAACACAGAGCAGCCAAAACAAGAAGCCAGCAAAACCACACCGGUUCAUAGAUAGCUCAAACAUUACUGGCGGCAGUGCCAAGGCUAAGGCUAAACCAAGUUCCGCAGGCUCGCAGCAGGCUGAACGCAAAGAAAGCAGUGCUAGCUUGGAAAGCAGUGGUACCUUACUGGCCGAUGGUCGCGCUCAAAGAGCCCUACGGAACUUGAAGGAGAAAUUGUCUGAGUGGCAACAGGCCCUGCUGAAAAUCAAGGUCGAUGAUGACCUGCCAAAAGCAGAUGCCCAGUCGCAGGCAGCAUUUAGGACGGAAUGCACCAGGCGAGCUUCUGAGGCAAAGAUUUUGAGCCGGCAAACUCGGGAUUACAGUAAACGAAUGGACAAGAGCAACAACAAAUCUCUCUUUGAGGAGGACUUGCUUUCCUUAAGCAGGUUGGAACAGGCUUCCGCCAGGUUGCACUCUUGGUUCACACUUUGCGCGACAGGUAGCUCAGCGUCACCUGCAGAGAUGGUCGCAGCCUAUGAGAAUGUUUCAGGCUUUUUUGACUUGCUGAGCUCUGAUGCUUUUGGCAGCUGUUUCCAGUUGAAGUAUGCUUUGGCCAAAGCUUCCCAGCACUGCCUGUAUGGCGAGUAUGCCCAGUACUGUUGUUUGUUCACUGCUUCCAGUGAAGAGAUGAAGCCUUUGGCACAAUCCUUGGGUCAUCAGUGCCUGGUCGAGUCAGUUGCAGCAGAGGUUGAAGGCCGGAUUUUGUUGAGCUUGAAGGCAAUCAAGACAGCAGAUGCGCAGGCCAUGGCCUCCGGCCAAGUUGACUUACCGACAGCGCUUCUCGAGGCUAAGGAUCUGUGUGAAGCUGUGGUAGCUGCCUGUGCCAAGUAUGGGGAGGAUGAUUUCUUGGCAUCUCCAUUGAAGAAGCCGUGCUCUGUGGCCUCAGGCCUCCUCAACGUGGCCGAUAUCUCUGCCACCGCUUCAGCAGUCGAAGUCAUGGAACAGUCACAGGCAGAAGAGGAUUCGCAUGGGUCCUUUGAGGGGGCCAUCCAAGUUUUCUUCUCUGAGCAUGCUGUGGGCCAGAGCUUGGUUGACCUGGCAACAGCCAGGGUCGCAAGUGGUGAAAAGGAGCAGAUUGCGCAGACUGCUAUCAAAGAGCUUGGAGAUGAAUUGCCCAAGUUGCAGGCCUUAUCGCAUGCAUUUUGUGUACAGGGAAUCAAGCUCAUCAAGGAUGACCUGCUUCCAGUGCAAAAGCUGCUGGAUACCUGUGCAAAGUCCGUGAGCGCUUUGAAAGGCAGCAAGGGUAAAGACAAAGAUCAUGGCAGAGCCUAUGACCGCCUCAUGGAGCUCUUGGCUGGUCACAAGGCAACUUUCACUUCAGAGGUCAAGAGACUGCUUGAAGGAGAGCUGAGGGGAAAUUUGGCACAGCGCUUGCACCUUGAUCAUUCGGUCUCUUUUGUUACGCUGUUAGGAUUUUCUUCUGUUUUCUUUUUUUGCUACACUAUGACUAUGACUAUGAGGCUAUGA